GCGGGUGGGUCCCCCCCGCACGGAGCGUGGGCCGGGAGCGGCGGCGGCGGCGGCUCGGCCCCGGUGCCCCCAGGGCCGCCUGCGAGCCGGAGCGCGGAGCAUCCCUCCUGCGGGCACCGAGCGGCACCGGCGGCAGCGCUGACACCGGCGGCGGCGGCAGCAGCGGCAUCAACAUCAGCAUCGGGAGCAGCAGCAUCACCGCCAGCAGCACCGGUACUGCCGCCGGUAUCGACGUAGGCAGCGGCUCCAGCAGAGCCCAGGUUGGAGCCUGAAGGACCCAGCCGGGUGGUCCCCAUCUACUGGGGGGUCCCUCACUGCCUGUGAGACCCUGGGAGGAGGAAGCACCAAGCCAGGGAGCAAAGCAGGACCCUGGGCACGGGGGAGGCAGAGCACCAGGCCAGGCUGGAGGGUGCCCGGGUUAACAUGACCGAGGUGGAACCCGUGCUGGACUUCGCAUCCUCCGGGAGGACGGGCAGGCGCAAUGCCCUGCCUGACAUCCUGGGCUCUCCGGCCGGUGUCAGCCCCGCUGACCUGCCCCUCAAGCUGGCAGAGAUGUCCCUGAGCGCAGGCAGCGCUCAGGAGAUGCAGUCCCCCUCGGCGGAGGUGCCCCCUCCGCAGCCCCCCAGCCCCGAGCUGAAGGACACGUCCUAACCCCGCUCCGGGGGGGGCCAUUGCUGACCAGCGGAGGAAGGAGGAGGCUGUGGAGCAUCAGCCCAGCUUCCCUGGCACGGCCGGAGUCCGCUGGGUUCUCCUCGGUGCUGCCAUCGGGCAUCAUCCCCCCGCCAUGGGGCGAGCAUCGCACGGGGACCUGCCGGGAUGAUUCCCAAGGGGCAAUUCCCACCCGGGGCGAGGACUCGAGGGAGGAAUGUGUUUGUCCUGGGACGCUGGGCAGAGCCGAGCACAGGGGGCUCCCCGGGGGGGGCUCCUCCUGGCCGCAGGAGCAGCCUGUGGUGUUUCUAGCUGAGUGUGGUGUUCACUGUGAUGUUUUGGGUACCA